CUCUAGUCUAAAUCUCAAAAUUCCAAAAGUACACUUCCAUCUCCUUUCUCCCCCAUUUUAUAAUCCCCCCUCAAUCUCCUUCAUUUCCAUGCAACCGCUCUCUCUCUCUCUCUCUCUCUCUCUCUCUCUCUAAAAGCCUUUAUUUUCUCUCUCUAAAUUUAUUUAGUUUUUAAUAAUCUCUAUUUACAUUCCAAUUAUAUUGAAAAACAGAUAAAAAAGAUUAGUUUUGUUUUUUUUUUGGUUUUGUUUUUGGCUCGGGUGAGUCAUGACUCGGCGAUGCUCGCAUUGCGGCAACAACGGCCACAACUCCCGCACCUGUCCCACGCGCGGUGGUGGUGGAAACUUCGUAGUUGGCGGUGGCGGAUUGAAGCUAUUCGGCGUUCGUCUGACGGAUGGUUCGAUAAUCAAGAAGAGUGCGAGUAUGGGAAAUUUAUCGUCGGCCCACUACCAUAGCUCGUCAUCAGCCGCCGCUUCGCCCAAUCCGGACUCUCCUUUAUCGGAUCAUGUCCGUGACCCGAACCACGUGCCCGAUGGCUACCUCUCUGAUGACCCCGUUGCAAACGCCUCAACUAACCGUCGCGGAGAGAGAAAGAAAGGUGUCCCAUGGACUGAAGAGGAACAUCGACUCUUUCUAAUUGGCCUCCAUAAAUUAGGGAAAGGGGAUUGGCGCGGGAUAGCCCGAAACUUUGUUAUGUCAAGGACACCUACUCAGGUAGCAAGCCAUGCCCAGAAGUAUUUCAUCCGUCAGAGUAAUGUUACCCGAAGAAAGAGACGUUCGAGCCUUUUUGACAUGGUUCCAGAUGAUAUGGCUACAGAUACUCCCACAGUGCCUGAAGAACAAGUUUUGCUACCUUCUUCACAGGUAGAGGAAGCAGAUAAUGCAAAUUCAAUACCUUCAUUAAAUCUCUCUCUUAACGCUGAAUUUGAGCAUGGAGAAGCUGCUGCACAAAAAGCAGAAGAAACCAUGAUGGAGUCAAGUGGAUUCACACCAAUGGUCCAUGGUUUCUUCUCCCCUUAUGUACCUGUUCAUUACCCAUUUUGGCCCCCAUAUCAUGCCCAUCCUGUUGAAGAGAAGGGCAUGCAGGCAUCUCAACAUCAGGUACUGAAGCCAAUUCCAUUGCUUCCCAAGAAACCUGUCAAUGUGGAUGAACUAGUUGGUAUGUCCAAGCUUAGCAUAGGAGAUACUGAGAAUGUCCAUAAAGAGCUUUCACCACUAUCGUUGAAACUGCUAAGAGAACCGUUACGACAAUCAGCAUUUCAUGCAAACACACCUGUUGGUGGCACAGAUUUGAGCAAGGGUAAGACUGGUGCAAUUCAAGCGGUUUGAACUGCAGUGAAGGAGGGCGGUACUUCUAUCUUAUCUUGGUUAAUUAUUUUUUUGCAUUACCAUAUCUUCUCUAAGGUAUUUAGUUUUAAUUUUUUGAUAGUAUGAAAUUUCUGGUCCUUACAAUAUAGGUCAAGAUCAAUUUAUGGGAAAUAUUUAUUCAUUCUAACUGUUAACAGCCAGUGAUCCUAAUAAUCAAAUGGGUUUGUCAGUGAAUGCUAGGCUCUUCUCCUUAUCAUUCCUUUAGGUUCUGUUGACAUUUUUAAAACAUCGGUAUUAGCAAUAGCCUAAUCUGAUCUAUUAGUGUUUUAUGUAAUGGGGGGAAAAAUGAGAUUUAGCCUAUACGGUCCUAAUUGCAAAACGCCUCAUAGAACUACAAAAUUAGCAAAUCCCAGGUUUGGUUAAUGUCUACCAUUUUCCUGUCCUUGUUGAGACCUGAAGAUUAUAAUUUUUCGUUAAGAGUUACUAGCUAAAGUACUUCCCAUUUGAUUAGUAAUCUCUAACAAACUUUAUCAUAUACUAUAUUAUAUUUUCAUAGAAACUGAAUUAAGUAAUUGAUACCUUUACACAUCGGCUGAAUAUUUUUUUAUAAAAGAAAUCAAAAUUUAGUAAGAAUUAAGAUUGAA